AAAUACUCGACCGUUAUACACCCUGAAUUCUGAUCAUAUCUAUCCUCAAAUACUUGAACCGAUUCCUCAAUCCAUUCAAUAUAACCGAUAUGACAGACAAGACAAUGUCUAGUGCGACAGUACACCUUAGCGUUCCUGGAGAUUGGAAACUUUGGUACAAGCAUAUGCUAGGAUAUGCAAAGGACAAGAAGGUAUCAGACUUCAUCAAUCUUGAUAAACCCGAUAUCUUCUCUGAACUAGAAGAACCUCUGGAACCCGAGAGUCCAGAAGAAGCCACCGCGGAGGCCAAGAUAGCAUAUGACAUCAAGGUCACUGCGUGGAAAAUCAAAUAUAUGAAAUAUGAGAAAUUGAAUGAAGGUAUGACAAAGAUACGAGAUGUCAUAUGGAGAACAGUGGAUGCCACAGAGCUACGACAUGUACGCAGCGAGGAUGAUGAUGUGAAGGAGAUUAUCCGUUCAUUAAGAGAUCGUCUCUCACCCACGACCGCGGACUAUCAAGAUGAUGUGAGAACCCGAUACCAUGAUCUCUGCAAAGCACCGAAAAACAGAGGUAUAGAGAAGUGGUUAAAUGACUGGUCACUCAUCGAAGAUGAUAUCAAAGAGGCGGAUAUAGCUGGACAGUUCAACUUGAAGAAAGAUUUCUUAAAUGCGAACCUAGCUAUUGAUGCAGGUUAUGCACAAGCAUGGGCUAAGGAUGUCCGAUGUGAUAAAGAUGUUAUAUCUUUGAUAGAGUUAGUUAAGGACUUCAAGGAAUGGUAUAGGGAAAUGGGUAUUCUCAAAGGAGAUAAACCUAUGAACUUUGCUACCCUUAAUGGAAGACCUCAGCAAUCAUCACCAGCGACAUUCGGAAACUGCAUCUGCGGAGCCCGUCACUGA